AUGCAGCUUAAAGAAAAGCAACAGAACCAUGACAUCACAGAACCCGAUCCCGAUGUCCCAGAUACCCAAGUUGCCUCAAAGGAAGACAUUAUUCCGAUCACCAGCGGUGAACUCCAUCGACGUCUUAACUACCGGCAAGUCCAGAUUAUGGCCUUGGGUGGCUCUAUUGGCACUGCUCUUUUCGUCAAUAUCGGGGGUCCUUUGGCGAAGGGCGGGCCCCUAAGUCUGCUGAUUAGUUUUAUUCUAUAUUCCGCCAUCUUGGCCUGCGUCAACAAUUGCAUUGCGGAAAUGUCGGUUCUGCAUCCGACACCAGGGGGCUUCAUACGGAUGGCCGGUAAAUUUGUUGACGAUGCCUUCGGGUUUAUGGCAGGGUGGAAUUACUUCAUCUUCGAAGCCCUCACUGUCCCAUUUGAGAUCACCGCCUUGAUGAUGACACUGUCUUUCUGGAGGGACGACACCCCAGCAGGUAUCGUGUGCGGUGUAUGCAUCGCUCUGUAUUCUAUAUUGGAUAUUUUUGCCGUGAGGGUGUACGGCGAAAUCGAAUUAUGGGGUUCCAGUGGCAAAGUACUGCUUAUAUCCAUCCUCUUCACAGUUACAUUCGUUGUAAUGGUGGAUGGGAACCCUCAAUAUGAUGCCUUCGGCUUUCGAUACUGGAAUAACCCUGGCCCUAUGGCUGAAUACUUGAGCUCUGGAAGCCUAGGUCGCUUUGAAGGUUUUCUCGGCUCUCUGUGGAUGGCCAGUUUCACGAUUGUCGGCCCGGACUACGUUACCAUGAUAGCUGCUGAGACACAACACCCAAGAACCUAUGUCAAAAAGGCUUUCCAAAUGCUUUAUUGGCGGUUCGGUAUCUUCUUCGUUCUGGCUGCUGUGAGCGUCGGUAUCCUUCUUCCCUACAAUGACCCAACCCUUAUCGCGACAUUUAUCACAGACGCCAGCUCCGGCACUAAGGCUGCAGGAUCCCCAUUCAUUAUUGCCAUGGGGAAUAUGCAAAUCUCUAUUCUCCCUGACUUGAUGAACGCCCUUCUAGUAACGACCAUUUUCUCGGUUGGGAACAGCUACUUGUUCUGUGCCAGGAGUGCCUAUAUAUUGCGUACUAGUUGUGAUAUGCUUUCCCCUUUGUCUCUAUUGCAGCUCGGUAACGGAUCAUCGCAAGCGCUAACAUGGCUCACGAAUAUUCUGACUACCGGAGGACUGAUCAUCUAUUUCGUCAUGGCAGUGACUAAUCUGUUUUUCCACCGCGCUUGUCAGGCGCAAGGAGUCGACCGCACCACCUUCCCUUGCUAUGGACGAUUUCAACCGUACAGUACGUGGGUUGUAGUUAUCGACGAGGGACUCAUCAUUUUAUGCUACGGCUAUGCCAGCUUCUACCCUUGGGAUAUCAGCACCUUUUUUACACAUUAUACCUUGGUCAUUCUCGCGCCUAUCUUAUUCUUCUUUUGGAAUUGUGUCAAAAGGACAGAAAUUAUUCGCCCUCAAGAAGCAGACUUGAUUUGGGAACGACCUAUUGUCGAUAGUUAUGAGGCGACGAUGCUUCCCAAACCUCGCGGAUUCUGGGCGGAGACACUUCAAUAG